AUGAAACUUUUAAAGAUUAUUCUUUGUGCACUUAUUCUUAUCGAAAGCCAGAUGGUGGUUGAUUUUAUUUAUAGCCCUUUUAGUGAUUCAGAAUUUGCUUCAAAUCUGACUUUUUUCGUGAAGAAAAACUUUCAAGACCACCAAUUUAUUUUCAAUUUGAUUUAUAUUGCCACCAUCGAAGAUAUACAAAAAAUCUCAUAUAGCCCUGAUAUAAUUUUUGACGUUACCUUUAGCCUCUCAUUAUCAGAAUCCAUAAAAAAUCUGGCAGAGGAAAAGCAUGUCAUAAUUGCCUCAAUUAAUAAACCGCUUGAUUUUUUUUCUGACUGAGAAUUUUUUGUCCAUAAUUCCUGGGAAAAUCGAGUUGAAGCCUUGCAUGGCAUUAUUUCUUAUUUAAAUUGGCAAACUUUUAUAGUGAUUUCUGGCGAGAUUUACAAUGAAGAUGAUGAGUUUUUUAAUUAUUUUUAUGAUAAAGAUUGCCAAUGGUUUUCUUUCUCAAAUAGCAAUGAUAAAAUAUCAGCUGAUUUAUUCGUAGGGAGAGAAAUACAAUCGACUGGGAUUAAAAAUAUUGUGAUCCUAAACCAUGGAGAAAGCACAAAAUUGCUUUUGGAAAGUUUAGAAGAGCAUGAUUUGCUUACUAAUGGGACUGGGAUCAUUAUAGGAUGUGAAGGCUCCUGAAAUUUAUAUGGGAAUGGGAUUAUUUCUUAUGUAGAGUCUGGAUUAGAAAGCGCUGACUGUUAUUAUUGCUACAAAGGGUUAGCUUUUAUUAAAUUUUUAAAUUUAAUAUUAAGCUUUCCUUCAACAUCUGAUCCUUUUGCACUCCUUGAGCAUUUAAAUAAAAAUACAGUUAGGCAUCACCCAGUGUCUAAUUUCACUUUAAUAAAUACAAAAAAUAGGCAAAAAAGUAUUACAGGAACAAUUUUAAAUGGAAAUUUAGAAAUAUUAAAUCCUCUGGUUUAUCCAGGGAAUUCUUUAAUAGCGCCGAAUUCUCCUACUACAGAUGUCAAUAUAUGAAUCGCAGAUGGAACAAUAAAUCCAGGAGCUGAACCUGAAUUAUUGGCAACAACUGUGACAUAUGGAGAAUUUUAUGCCUUAAGCAUCUGAAAAAGCAUGCAUGCCUUAGAUGGCUUUGAAAUCACAGUCACUGAUACAGAUUGCGGAGUAACCACAUAUAACGCAGAUUAUGCGUAUUCAUGCUUUUAUAAACUACUCCCAACUCCUGGCGUCGGCUUUUUAACAUCACUUUACCCAUGAAUCACCAUGGGAUACAUUUAUACUUUAAGAGCUUUAAAUUAUUCAAUACCUCACAUUUCUCCUUACGCUCCUUCAAUCAUUACAGAAAACAAUACAGCUUUUCCAGAAUUCAUGACAGUCAUAAAAGAUGAGACUUUUAACACCCAAGUCAUUUUAAAUCUUGCAGUAAUUUUUGGAUGAAAAAAUUUUGUUGUUAUCUAUGAUGAGACAAAUAUAGCCAUGUAUAAUUAUUUUGUUGCAAAAUUAAAAGAAUUUAAUAUGAAUAUCGUUAAUCCGCCUGAAUUGCGAAAAAUUGAUACUUAUUAUACGAGUGUUAACGGCAGAAAAGUUAGCCUCCAUCCCCCUAUUAUCCCCUAUAUUCCCUAUCCCCCCAUACUUUCCGUUCCUCCCUGUGCACCAUUAAUCUUUAUACACCCAGUACCCCCCAAAUCUUCCCUUUCAUUAUUAAAAAUAUAUAAUGUAAAUAAGGUCAAAAUCAAUAUGGAUAGGAGCUCAUGCUUUUUAA